AUGGUGGAAUUACAAAGACGAUUGGAAGCUGCAGGGGGUGGUGAGGUGUGGCAAUCUGAAGGGGCAAAGUUGAACAGACGAAUGGGAAAUUCAAAUAGGUCCUUAGGGGACAUGUUUGGUAACACUUCACCUGACUACUUUCCAUUUGAGUUUAGGGCUCUAGAAGUUGCUUUUGAGGCUGCUUGUAGAUUUCUGUUGGCGGUGAUAGAGCUAGUAACAACAGUGGAGCUUCACGAGCACUUCUCAGGUCCUCUCACAGAGGAGGAUGCUAUUGUAGAUAUAUUGGGACAACAUUAUCAAUUCGUAUCUUAA